AAGUUCACUAAUCUGCUGGGAUGCUGCUAUCGCAAGGGAAACUUGGUUUUCAGUGAAGAUGGCAAUACAUUGUUCAGUCCAGUUGGCAACAGAGUAACAAAAUUUGACUUGAAAAACAACAAAUCAGAGACACUGCCAUGUGAAUGCAACUACAACAUCGAACAUUUGGACGUGUCACCCAAUGGCUCCAUGAUGGUCCUCAUCGACGAAGGCAUGUACCCUACUAAAUAUUCAUUUUCUAGGAGUGUCAUACACACCCACGACUUCAGGACUAAAAUUCACUGUGUCUCGUUUAGCCCUGAUGGAAGGAAGUUUGCAGUCACAAUGUACAACAGUGUUGUGCUGUACAAAACUCCAGGCUCCUCCCCGGAAAUCAAUCCGUUCGUCGUCGAAAAGAGGUUUGCCGUGAUGCACGGAACAACAACCUGCAUUGAUUGGUCCUCUGAUUCUAGAGUUGUUGCUAUUGGCAGUCGAGAUAUGAGCUGCUACGUGAUUGGCUGUCAGAUGUUCAAAAAUCUGUCAGUCAAAUCGGUGGGAGGGCUUAAGGAUGUCGUCGUUGGGUGCUUCUUUGAUAAGGAUUCUCUGGAUCUGAUGACGAUGAGUGAGCUCGGGGAACUCUGCUUGUACAAGAGUGACACGGAAUUGAAUGAACUGCUACCCGGAAGUAGGAGAGAGCAUGAGAAGGAAUAUGAAAAUGAUGAUAUUGGUGGGAAAGAUGAUGAGGAUGAUGAUGAUGACAGCAGUGAAGAUGAUAAUGGUGGUGCGAAGACAACAACAACAGUAAAAUCUUUCACCAACAACAACAACGACGACAGUAACAUCAUCAAAAGCAGCAUCAUCAGACUUAGAUCAUGCGACUAUCACAAAUCGACAAAGAUCUUGGUUUCUGCAUUUGACAACGGCGUCUUCUAUAUACAUGAGAUGCCUGCUUUCCAACUGAUCCACUCGCUAAAUAUAUCUGAACAAGCAAUAGCCAGCACUAAAUUUGACAAAUCGGGUCAGUGGAUUGCCCUGGGGUGCCCUAAUUUGGGCCAGCUCCUGGUCUGGGAGUGGCAAAAUGAGAAUUACAUACUGAAACAGCAAGGCCAUUUUGGUACAACUAACUGCCUCGAUUACUCGCCCGACGGAAAGUAUAUUGUGAGCGGGGGUGAAGAUGGCAAGGUCAAGCUCUGGGACACGGGCAACUACAACUGCGUCGUGACCUUUACACAACAUACAUCCAGUAUCACAGGACUGCAGUUCAAAUCUAAUGGACAGGCCUUCGUGUCUGGCUCUCUGGAUGGAACAGUUCGGGCUUUUGAUCUUAUGAGGUAUCGAAAUUUCCGAACUUUCACCGCCCCUGAAAGAACCUCGACCCAGUUUUCUAGCCUGUCAUUGGAUGAAACUGGCGAGGUGGUGGCCGCUGGAGCCCAGGACACUUUUGAAAUAUUCCUCUGGUCGAUGAAAGCUGGCUCCCUCAUUAAUGUCUUAUCAGGCCACGAGGGACCAGUAUGUUGCCUGUCCUUCAGCAACUUCGACAACAUCCUGGCUUCAGGAUCCUGGGAUCACACAGUCAGGAUUUGGGAAGUAUUCUCCAGGAAGGGGUCCAGGGAUGUCAUUCAACUCACCUGCGAUGCACUGAGCUUAUCUUUUCGACCGGAUGGCCAAGAGGUAGCAGUGACGACAUUGGACGGGCAGAUAAGUUUCUGGGACAUGAAGACAACCAAUCAGGUUCACUCAAUUGAGGGCAGGUUCGAUAUGGGGUACUCGAGAAAGGAAUCUGAUAAAAUAACUGCCAAGAAGUCUUCUUUUGGAAAAGCCUUUCGGACGAUUUGCUACACGGCAGACGGCAGGUACGUACUCGUCGGCGGGCAGUCCAAGUACAUCUGCAUCUACUCUGUCGAAGGCGAGAUGCUGGUGAGGAGGUACGAGAUCACCUGCAACCUCUCACUUGAUGGAACUCUGGAAUUUCUGGAUAAGCGGAAGAUGACCGAAUGGGGCAGUCUAUCGCUUGUGGAGGAGUUGGAUGAAGAUGGCAACAGUAAAAAGAAAAUAACACUGCCCGGUGUCAGGAGUGGUCAGUUCAGUACGAGGUCAUACAAGCCAGAGGUCAGGGUCAACUGCAUCAGAUUCUGUCCUACUGGUUUGACAUGGGUAGCUGCGUCAUCAGAAGGCAUCCUCAUGUACAGCGUCAACACUGGCAACGAUGACUCAUUCAAUCCCUUUGACCUUGACAUAAAGGUAACGCCACAAGAGGUAAAAAGAUUGCUACGUAAGUCUAAAUAUUUGGAAGCUCUGACCAUUGCCCUUCGUCUCAACUACAAAGACCUUAUCAGAGAGGUCAUAGAAACAGUGCCCUUGACCUCGGAAGGUCAUUUCACUGAAGGUCAUUUGUCUGACCUUCACGUCGACCUUUUAAUAAAAUUUCUCGCCAGCCAAUUAGAGCGCUCCGUCCAUAUCGAGUUCUACAUCACGUGGUCUUGCGUUCUUUUAAAGGUGCAGACGUUUCGACUGAAGCAAAGAAACAAUAUGGCCGUCAGAGCCAGUUUGAGAUCGCUUGAAAAAUCAUUAAGUAGGAUGAUGAAAGUCGUUGAUUUGUUAGUGCUGCUAGAUUUUUUUUUUUAG